UCCAAAGAAAAAAGAAUUAAGUGUUCUUGUGCAAGAUUUGAGAUGGAAGGUAUAUUAUGCAAACAUAGUUUGCACAUUUUAGUAAAGAAGCAAGUAUUAGAAAUUCCAUCAAGAUAUAUUAUGCAACGAUGGACAAUUAAUGCAAGACAUGUUGGGUUUGGAGUUGUUAGAAAUUGCAUUACAAAUAGUAAAGACCAACUCUCUAUCAUUAAACAUUGGGCUCUUAGGAGUAGAUGCAACAAGGCACUAGAAGACACAUUGACUUCAAGUACACUUCAUGAUAAGUUUAGUGCUUUUUUAGACUCAUUUUUUGAAGAAGUUGAGAAUUCCAAGAUUGAGAAGGAACAUAACGACAAUGGAAAUGAGAGCAAUGCCAGCAAUAAGAUGCCUACUUCAUCCAUACCCAUCUCUAUAGAGGAAGCAACUCAAAUUACUAUUCGUGAUCCAGAUAAGCCCGUUGCCACGAAGGGACGACCAACUCAGGCUACUAGAAUUAAGUCCGGAAUGGAAAUAGCUCAAGAAAAGAGUAUAAAAAAGCAAAGAUUUUGUGGAUUUUGUAAGGGAAAAGGACAUUAUAUAACAAGUUGUCCUUUAGCUAAGAUGAAAAAUGUUGCAGGUGGAGGUCGAGAAAGUUAAUGGAGAGCUAAAACAAAUUAGUUUGCAAGCGUAUUUCCCUGACUUACAAUAACCAUCAUGUGUUUCGGAACAUUGUGAUAAUUUGAACUAAAGUUAUUAAUGUAUGGAUGCAAUUAUUUGUUGUUUGAACCUUUUGUACCCAUAA